GAUUUUAUUAAUCAUGGUCAAUUACGAUCAACCAUUCGCCAUCGCACGUUUCUUAGAAAGCGAUACAUUUUCUGAAGUCCCAAGUAAUUGGUUAUACGAAGAAAAAAAUAAAAUUUUAUGUUGGUGGCCAGUAAAAGUAAAAAAUGUCACGUCUUAUAUAUCAAAUCGUAUACCACCAGAUGAGUCAACGUGGGAAAUGUGCGAGGUUGAAAUAGAAACCUAUUGUGAUACUUGGGAAAAAGCAAGAAAAAUAGCGGAUGACCCCAUGUAUAGAACUACGGAUGAUGAGGAUCUUGGCAAAGGCCGUCGAACAAAAAUCAAUAACACUAGAUUCAGUUCUUCGCCAGAAGAUUCAAUAAAGAAAAAUGAAAUCACUAAAAGUAAUAAAGUAAAAAAAAAGGGCGAAUACUCAAAACCAAUUAUCACAAGUUGUAUUACUGUUCCACCCAUGUUAACUACAAAAGAUAUUGAGAGCAGUAAUAUUAUUUUUGACGGAAAUAUAAAUGUUAUAAAUGCAGCCGAUGCCAAUUCAUUUCCUGUAACAUGUGUUAAUAACCUGGAAUCCGAUAAAGAAAUAUUACAGAUAGCGCGAGAUAUUGCUAUCAUUAAAGGUAUUCCACAAAUUCUAAUUUUACAUGAAAAUAGAUUGUGA